AUGAGCCAGGAGACUAGUGUUAGCGGUGGCAACAAGCGUACAAUUGGCGAAGUGGAUAGUGUGCUGGAAUCGGAGGUUGUUGCUAAAAGCUCAAGAUUGGAGAAUGGAGAGUCCCAAGAAGUUGUUGCUGCUGAUAAAAAAGACCAACAAAACGUACUGAAAUCAGAAGAAGAAAAUAAUGAAGAAUCAGUUAGUGGAAGGAAGCUGGGGGACGAAAAAGAUGUAGAGGUUGAUAAAAAUAAACAAACACAGAAUGUUACAGAAAGAGCAGAGAAUUUGCCUAAAGAUGAAUUAAACGAAGAACAGGAUAAACAGGAAAGUGAACUAGCACAUAAAGAAGGUGGUGACGAUGAUGGUGAUGAUGAUGAUGAUGAUGAUAAUAAUAAUAAAGCAGAUGACUCGCUAGAUAUCAAGAAAGAAGACAAACUGAUGCUAGAUGAGGAAUUUGUACCGGAUCCAUUAGAUGAAAGGAAUGAAUCCGAAAAAAACGAAGAAUUGGAUAAUGAACCAUUAGAGGAUGAUUUGGAUCUUGAUGUUGACUCUUCCAAGGCUACCAGCACUGAGCCACCGGUGGCCAGCGUCACAUCGAAUUCAAAGUCAAAAGUACAGUUGAAGGAAAGCGAGACUGGUGAUGAGUAUGAUCUUGAGAUUGAUGAGAAAGGGGAAGCGAAGAUUGACCACGAGGGCAAUUUACUUGACGGUAGAACAUUUCGGAUUCCAACAUUCAUGAUCUCUCACAAAGGUACCAGGAAGUUUAUGUUGGCUACCAAAGUGGCUAGAACUUUAAAUCUUAGAGACUCUCAUAAUUUAUUCACCAAGUACCCCCAACUUUAUAAGAUUCCUUUAAACAUCAAAGAAAAAUUUGAAUUAAUUGACAGGAAGAUGUUGCCAGUGAGUUACAAAAGUCGAGCAGUGAAUCUCAUUUUCACCAGAUCGGUAUUCAAAGUAUUCGGGUCAAGAGUUAUUCUAAAUGGGAAAAAAGUCGACGAUGAUUAUUAUGAACAAAAGGCUAUUGAUAGAGGAGAAACUCGCGGGGAACCAGCGUACAUAGAUUAUACUCAUUUAGCACAAUAUCAAGAUGUUGGAGGACCAAAUAUCAAUACCAUCAAUAAUGCUCAGCAGCCACUUUCGCAGACCGUUGAUAUGGCAAGCAAAUUCCAAAUCAAAUCUAACCUUACUAAGACAUUAAUUACGGAAGAAAAUUGGAUGUUGAACCAUUGUCUUGCCUCGAAGCAAUUGGAUUAUGAUUGCAGUUAUGAUCGGUUCAAACUUUGGAAUUUGAAAAUGAUUGAACGAGAUCCUUACACGGGGGUGAAAUUUUUUCCAGGAAGAACCCAACCUUCUGUUGCCAAUUGGCAAAAGAUUAAACUUAUUGACGAAGAACAGCGAGAGGUCAAGCCGAAUUAUAUUAAGGAUGACCCAUCUAGUGGGAAACUAACCUAUCGUGCGGUUCUUGACUGUCCUAAUAUUUUGAAAAGUACGGGCUUACUUAAUGUUGAUGAAGGAAUUUUUGGUGAUGUUGUGACGCCAGAGGUAAAAGAAGCCAUACUAAGACAAAAAAGGGUUGAGAAAGAGGUUUUGGAGAAUAAUUAUAUGGUAUGA